AACAUUGCAACAGAAAUCUGCUAAACGCGAAACAAGUUGCGGCGUUUUUUCAGCUCCUCGGGUCCUGUCAACGCUGCUGGCUUACUACAACACACUGGCUGGGCACAGGACGGACAGACCGAGUGACAAACAGACAGACAGACACGCAGGCAGGCAGGCAGGCAAUUUACUAGGCAGUGCCAGGCAGGCAGUCGGCAGGCAGGUCUUCGCAGCGCAUAAAUCACAGUCUCACAGCCAAGCCGAGACGCAGCCAUAGCCAGAGAACAGACUCAACUCAAAGCUAAACUCCAACUCAAUCCAACUGAGCUGCAACCUGUGACAAGAAAGUGAAACAGUAAAAAGAAAAGAAAACGAUAACGAAAAAUCAAAAACAAAGAAAACGAGUGAACGUCUCCUCUUGCCUCACAUACUCGAGAGUGGGUUUAUGUGUGUGCUUUGAGCAUAAAAGUGAAAGUGAAAGUGGGCGAAGAUGACUUGAAGUGCAAGUGGAGAAAGUUACAUACACAUAAGCAGACCCACCCAUCGGACAACAACAACAAACAUUUGGGUAUUGGCUUUGUUUUUUGUGUAUAGUCGAAAUGCCGCCGCUGCCGCCAGUCGAGGACGCUUCAAGGCGCUGCACUUUGGUGUUGAAGGCGCAACGAUUGGUGCCGGCACCGAGGCAAUUUCUGUGCGCCGCGACUCCAUCUUGAAUGACCUUUUGACGUCCGCCCCCCGCCCGAAGACAAUGUAAACGCCGGCGUUUAGCAUGUAGGCAGUUUUUCUCUCUUCAUUUUUAAUCAAACCAAUCAACAACAAACCGGCCAGCCAACAACAAAUAAUAAAAUAGACAAAGUUACAUUUUUACCAAUACGAUAAAGCAACAACAACUGCAAUCAAUCAGUCAAUCAACAACAACAUCAACAACUCAACGCAAACUAAUGCAGCAUUUUGUUCGUCAACAACAAAUAACAAAACAACAACAAAAGCAAACAAAAUAAUCAAUUAUAAGCAACACUCUAAUAAAUAAUAAUUAUUAACUAAUAAGCAAGCAGUCAGUCAGUCAGUCAGUUAAUCAGUCAACCAGUCAGUCAAUCAAUCAACCAAGUCAAGUCAAAUCAAGUCACAAGAAGUAACUUCCAGUUUGAUUUUCGCAUCCCAUUCCGAUUUGAAGCAAAAUUCAAGCGUCUGAAUUUGAUUCUCGUCUCGAGUUGAGUUUUCCAAUUUUCGGUCAAAACACGUUCGUCUCGGUCCAAGCAUAACGGCAAUUUUGGUUUUCUACAAAUUCAGACGUAACUCCUUAGUUAGUUAACACUUUAUAUUGAGCAACUUUGGCGUCGAACCUUUGGGCGAGUAAAAUCUACAACAAAAAGAUAUUACAAAUUCUAAUCAAAAGUCAACAACAAAAAAACCUACGAAAUUACCUGAAAAUUUUUGAAAAAAAUACCAACAAAAUCUACACGAGCAGAGAAAAUUUAGGCAAAAUUUGACAAGUGCAAAAAAUUUAUUAUAAUUAUUUACAAAAUUAAAAAAACAAAAACAUAAAAACCAAACACAAAAAAAAAUUAUAUAAAUUAUUACGAAAAAUACGAAAAAACACUGAACUUGAUCGUUUAGGAAAAAAUAUUUAGGAACUUUAAAAUAUAAAAAGCAAAAUUCAAAAAACCAAAAAAAAAUCAAAAAUUCAUGUGAUGUGAUAUUUUUUCGAUAUAUUUUUAAUUUACGGGUUACACCAUAUCGAGAAGUUAUCCAAUGAGAAAGCCGCUUAAAUUUUGGAGGAUCUAUGAUGAACGAUGGAGAAAAAUAACGCUUUGUUUGUGAAACACUUUUUGAAUGCAAGCAAGGAUUAUUCCAGACAACAACAAAAAGAAAGCCAAAACAAAAACAACAAAACAUAAACAAAACCAAAAAUAUAACAAAAAAACGAAAACGAUAAAAAAUUCAAACGCAAAGUUCUCGAUAAAAGAAGCCGAAAAAACACUUUUAGAGAAUUUUCUAAAUAUCAAAGCGAAACGAAACGAAACGAAAGGACAAACAAAAGUAAAAGUAAAAGUAAAAGAAGACCUAAGCAACAAGAACAACAAAAAGCAAAAUCAAAACAAAUUUAAAUAUCAUUAAAUGCAAAGGACAUUCGCAUGUGUGUGGUGGUGGAAAGAAAAUUCAAAACAAAAUUCACAAUUAGAAAACGCAGAAAAAAACGUAGAAAACGUAAACGCAAAAUCAACAACAACAACAACAACAGCUACAGCAAGAGCAACAGCAACAAUUGCAACUGCAAUAAACUGUCAACAACAUCGCGAACAAUUUUGAAUUGUAACAUUUCGACAAACAAGUUGAGAGAAAGCUAAAUUUCAACGUUUGGCGCAACUAAACGAAGACAGAAAGAGAGCGAAAGCCGGACCCAAGGAUAAUACACUCUUUAGGGAACUUCGGACCAGCUAAAAAAAAGUUUUGAACCAUAUAAGAAGAAGAAGUAGAGGUAGAAGAAGAAACGCACACACAUACGGAAAACUCGGACAUACAACAAAACUAACCAGAAUUAAAAGCAAAACGAUUCCAGAUUAUAAACAGAUCGUUGAAACCUAACUUCAACUUCAAAUUGCGCAUACGACGAGCUGUUGGAGCGAAUUCAGUCAGACAGUCAAACAGUCAGUCAAAGAGGGGGAACAGGAGAAAGCGUAAAAAUAGACAACCAAUCGAAGCAAAGGCGAAGUAAACGCUCUCUCAACGACAAUCGCUGGCAGGAGAAAUUGCCUGUAUGUGUGUGCCUGACGCUUUGAGAGCGCAACUGAAAGUGCAAGAGAGCAACAAGAGCCAGAGCAACGCGGCAAAGGCAAAGGCAAAAACAAAGGCAAAGGCAAGGGCAAAGACAAAGGAGCGGAGGCAACGUGGAGAGAAGAGCGCGCGCUGCUGCUGCUGUUUGGCAUCAUCUUAUGAUGUCAUCAGAGGAGUACGACGCGGACUGUUUUGGUUUGUACAGCGAUGAGAACGAUGUGCUGCUGAAAGCAACAACAAAUUUAGCAACAACAACAACAUUAGCACUAGCAUCAGAGACAGAGGCUGAUUCUAAGCAGCUACAGCAACCCCCACAGCAGCACCAGCAAGCAAAGAGCGUAGCAAUUGUGCUGCCUCAGCCGCUGCAGGCAAGCAACGGCCGAACGACACCAACAUCCAUACAAAUACAGACAACACUGAGUGGCGACGAGGCGGCGAAUUGCGGCGAAAACGUCAGCGAAGCGGAGAAACCAACAAGCAAAGGGAAGAGCAGUAGCGGCGACCACGACGAUAACGACAACAACGACGACGACGACGUCGACGACGAGAACGAGAACACGAACGCGCACGAAAACGACGAGGGCGAUUCUGACUCGGACGACGUCGUCGUAAUCGAAGGCAACAACAAGGCGACGGUGACGGUGACGGCGACCGCGACAGCAACGGCGGCAGCAGCAGCAGCGACGGCAGCAGCGCCAGCCAACAGUAACUGUCGCAGCCGCAGUCGCAGUCGUAGUCGAUGUAAUCGCCGUAACGCACACAAACGUCAAAUCAGUCAGUCUUCGGCCGUCGGCAAGACAACAACGUGCGCGGCUAAAAAACCAACGACUUUAGCGACAACAUUACCGUCUACGGCAACAACAGCAAUAAAAGUAAACUGCAACACCAAUAACUCGAACUUAGUGAGAAAUCGUCGCACGCGCACGCGAUCCUUAAGUAAAGACAUUAACAAUAUCAAUCAUAGCCACAAUAAUAGUCACGGUCACAGUGCUCACAGUUUAAACGUUGGCAGCAACAGUGUUGUUGGUAAUAGUGUUAACAAUAACGGCUGCAGCAACGGCGGCGCAACGGCAACCGCUGCCUUCAUGAGUAGCGCUGCUGCGGCUGCUGCGAGUGCCGCAAGUGGUGCUCUCUACCAAACCAAUAACAACAACACAAACAACAACAGCUCGAUUGCGAGUCCAGGAGCAAACACAUCCAACACAACGCCAGCAACAGUUGCAGCUGCAACAGCAGCAACUGCAUUGUCCGGCUCUAGUUCGCCGGGCUCGGUAAAUUCGGCAUCCUCGUUGCUGACAGCCGCCUUUGGCAAUCUAUUUGGCGGCUCCUCCGCAAAGAUGUUAAACGAAUUGUUCGGACGACAAAUGAAACAGGCGCAGGAUGCGACCAGUGGUCUGCCACAGAGUCUCGACAAUGCCAUGUUGGCGGCCGCUAUGGAAACGGCAACCAGCGCCGAGCUGCUCAGUGCAGCUGGCCUGGUCAACAGUCUCAACAAUACCAGUAAAUUGCUCAACAACAACAACAAUAAUAACAACAACAGCAACACUGCGCUCAGCAAUGGUGGCAACAAUGCCUCCAUCUCGCCAGGAUCGGCGCACUCCUCCUCCACUAACAAAGGCGGCAGCAGCAGUCGUCGUGUCUCCAAUUGCAGUGAUCGAUCGCUCGACGGCAAUCUGGUGGCCGCCGAUGUUGCUGGCGGGAGUCCGCCCAGAGCUGCUUCGGUGAGUUCGUUGAAUGGCGGUGCCAACAACAACAACGACCAGCAGCAGUUGCUGCAACACGAUUUGGUGGCACAUCACAUGCUGCGCAACAUACUGCAAGGCAAAAAGGAGUUGAUGCAACUCGAUCAGGAGCUGCGCACAGCAAUGCAACAACAGCAGCAGCAACAGCAGGAGAAACAGCAGCAGGAGCUGCACUCUAAGCUGAAUAACAACAACAGUGUGGCUGCCACCAACAAUAACAACAAUAACAACAACAGCAACAACAACAACAGCGGCAGCAACGCAGUCACCGAGAGCAUAAAUUUGAUCGAGGACAGCGACAUGCCAGAGAUUAAAAUCAAAAGUGAACCUGAACUGAUGCAAGCAACGCCUCAGGCGCCGCACUCGCCACACGGUGGCAGCAGCCACAGUCAUAGCAGUAGCAGCAGCAGCAGUCACAGCAACAGCAACAGUCACAGCCACCACAGCAACAGUCACAGCCACAACAGCAGCAGCAACAGCAUUGCCAGCAACGGCAGCUUGCGACGCAAGUCCUCCGACUCGCUCGACAGCAUGCAACGCGAGGAACGUGCCACAACAGCAGCAGAGCCUCAAUUGGCUAACGAAACGCUGCCCAGCAAGAAGGAGGCUGUCGACGAUAUGCUCGAUGAGGUGGAGCUGCUGGGCUUGGGACACAAUCGCAAUUCGGAUCUGGAAUCGCUGGCAUCGCCCAGUCACUCGGACAUCUUGCUGCUGGAGAACAGCAAGGACGAGGUGCUGGACAACGACGACAUCAUUGAAGACGAUGACGAUGAAGAUGAUGACGACGACGAUUGCAUCGAGACAAAACGUGAGUCAGCAACCAGCUCUGGUUGCCUCAAGAAACCCGGCAUGGAGUUGAAACGUGCUCGUGUCGAACACAUCGUGUCCAGCAUGCGUUGCAGCCCCUCGGCCACUCCCCAAGCGGGUCAGCUGCAGGUGAACGGUUGCAAGAAGCGCAAGCUGUAUCAGCCACAGCAACAUGCCAUGGAACGCUAUGUGGCCGCUGCUGCUGGUCUCAAUUUUGGUCUCAAUCUGCAGAGCAUGAUGCUCGACCAGGACGACAGCGAGUCCAAUGAGCUCGAGUCGCCACAGAUACAGCAGAAACGUGUGGAGAAGAAUGCGCUGAAGUCGCAGCUACGCUCCAUGCAGGAGCAGCUGGCAGAGAUGCAGCAAAAGUAUGUGCAGCUGUGCACACGCAUGGAACAGGAGUCCGAGUGCCAGGACCUUGACAAUGAUCACGAGCAGGACAUGGAAAGUCUGGAGCCAGAGGCAGAGCAUGAGCAGGAGCAUCAGAACGAUGAUAUCGAACUGUCACACUCGCCCACGCUCAGCGAAUCAACGCCCAAGGAGUCGGUGGAGCGAGCUGGCUCCAGUUCCCCAUCGCCCACGCUGAAGGUGCAGAGCAGUAGCAGCAGCAGUGGCAAGAGCAACAACGAGAAUGCAGCAGCCACCACACCGAAUAUGCUCACCCAAAUGAUGAGCAAGAUGAUGUCCAGCAAGCUGCAGCAGCACAAUCCGCUCGUGGGUGUCUCUCACCCUGCGUUGCCACAAGGCUUUCCGCCAUUGUUGCAACACAUGGGCGACAUGUCGCAUGCCGCAGCCAUGUAUCAGCAAUUCUUCUUCGAGCAGGAGGCACGCAUGGCCAAGGAAGCUGUCGAGCAGCAGCAGCAGCAGCAGCAACAACAGCAACAGCAACAACAGCAGCAACAGCAACAGCAGCAACAACAGCAGCAGCAACAGGAGCAACAGCGUCGCUUUGAACAGGAGCAAGAGCAGCAGCGGCGCAAGGAGGAGCAACAACAGCAACUGCAACGCCAGCAGCAGCACUUGCAGCAACUGCAACAGCAACAGCAGCUGGAGCAACAUGUUGCUGCCGCCGCUGCAGCACCUCGCGUCCAAUUGCAUCCGCCCGCCCGUCUGCCCACACGCAUGGGCGGGGCAGCCGCCCACAGUGCACUGAAGUCAGAGUUGUCAGAAAAGUUCCAAAUGCUGCGACAGCAGAGCAGCGCCAACAACAACAACAGCAACAGCUCAAUGAUGCGCAUGUCGGGCACCGAUCUCGAAGGACUUGCCGAUGUGCUCAAGUCAGAGAUAACCACAUCGUUGUCCGCGUUGGUGGACACGAUUGUCACUCGCUUUGUGCACCAGCGACGAUUGUUCAGCAAGCAGGCGGAUUCGGUGACAGCGGCAGCAGAGCAGCUCAACAAGGAUCUGAUGCUGGCAUCGCAGAUCUUGGAUCGCAAAUCGCCACGUACGAAAGUGGUUGCAGAUCGCGGACACAGCGCACACAGCGGACACAGUCUCAAUGGCAAUGCGGGCGCCCAGAAUGGUCCAACGCCAGCAACACAAUCAGGUAAUAAUGGUUCACUUCUCCUAGCUAAUAGUCAAAUGCCCUCGCAGCAGCAGCAGCAGCAACAGCAGCAGCAGCAGGCGAGUAGUCAGGGCAAUAGCAGCAAUGCCAAUGCACAACAGCAACAGCAACUUGCACAGCACCAGCAACAGCAGCAACAACAACAGCAGCAGCAGCAGCAACAGCAGCAGCAGCAGCAACAACAACAGCAGUCGCAAGUCAUGUCAGCAAUGGCAGUUGCCCAACAGCAAUUGCCGAAUUGCCAGCAACUAAUUGCAGCGCCACGUCUCAAUGGCAAUCAAUUGUCGUUUGCCUCACCCGCGGCAGCUGCUGCCGCCGCGAUGGGUCUGCAGAUGCAUCAUGCUGCCGCCGCGGCAGCAAUGCAACAGCAGCAGCAGGCUGCACAACAGCAGCAGCAGCAGCAGGCAGCGAGCGAUGCAAAUGUUGCUGGCAGCAAUGUGGCUGGCAAUGUUAACCAAUCGAAUGCAACUAACAAUAGCUUAAGUUCACUUAAUAUACCACCACCUCACAUACGUCCCUCGCCCACAGCGGCGGCCAUGUUUCAGGCGCCCAAAACGCCACAAGGCAUGAAUCCGGUGGCAGCAGCCGCGCUCUACAACUCGAUGACGGGACCAUUCUGUCUGCCCUCCGAUCCACAGCAGCAACAGCAGGCCGCCCAACAGCAGCAGCAGGCCGCACAGCAACAGCAGCAGGCUGCACAGCAGCAACAAGUGGCAGCUCAGAAUGCCCAGCAGACGCAACAGCAGCUGGAGCAGAACGAGGCUUUGAGCCUGGUGGUGACACCAAAGAAAAAGCGUCAUAAGGUCACCGAUACACGCAUCACACCGCGCACCGUUAGUCGGAUCCUGGCUCAGGAUGGCGUUGUGCCGCCCAGUGGACAGGCAGCCGCUGCCGCCGCUGCCGUUGCAGCCGCCCAGCAGCAACAACAGCAGCAACAGCAGCAGCAACAACAGCAGCAGAGCAACGGCAACGGCAGCAGCAGCAACAACAGCAACAACAACACCAGCAAUGCAACGCCAGCGCAAAGUCCAACGGGUCGCGGUCAAUCGACGGGCACGUACCAUCCGCCACCACCACCACCACCACCCAUGAUGCCAGUGUCCUUGCCCACAUCGGUGGCCAUACCAAAUCCAUCGCUGCACGAAUCCAAGGUCUUUUCACCGUACAGUCCAUUCUUUAAUCCGCAUGCGGCGCCGGGUCCACACGGUCCACCGCAUGGGGGUCAACCCACCGCUGCCCAGAUGCACCAUCAGCACCACCAUCAGCUGCAACUCUCGUCGAGUCCGCCCGGCAGCCUUGGCGCCCUGAUGGACUCGCGCGAUUCGCCGCCCUUGCCACAUCCGCCAACGAUGCUCCAUCCCGCACUCCUUGCGGCCGCCCAUCAUGGCGGCUCACCCGACUACAAGACCUGCCUGCGAGCCGUCAUGGAUGCCCAGGAUCGACAGUCCGAGUGCAACUCGGCCGACAUGCAAUUCGAUGGCAUGCAGCCUACUAUAUCCUUUUUCAAACAACAACAACAUCAACAUGAACAACACCAUCAAAUGGUCAACAAUCAUUGUGAAUCCUUGACUUCUCUGCACUCUUCAACAUUGACACCGAUGCACCUGCGCAAGGCCAAGCUGAUGUUCUUCUGGGUGCGAUACCCGAGCUCAGCGGUCCUCAAGAUGUACUUCCCGGACAUCAAGUUUAACAAAAACAAUACAGCACAAUUGGUGAAAUGGUUCUCAAACUUUCGAGAAUUCUACUACAUACAAAUGGAGAAAUAUGCACGACAAGCUGUCACUGAAGGCAUCAAGACACCCGAUGAUCUGUUGAUUGCUGGAGAUAGUGAAUUAUAUCGCGUGCUCAAUUUGCACUACAAUCGCAAUAAUCACAUUGAGGUACCCCAAAAUUUUCGCUUUGUGGUCGAACAGACACUGCGUGAAUUUUUCCGUGCAAUACAGGGUGGCAAAGACACCGAGCAAUCGUGGAAGAAAUCCAUAUACAAAAUAAUAUCACGCAUGGACGAUCCCGUGCCCGAGUACUUCAAGUCGCCGAAUUUUUUAGAGCAGCUAGAAUAAGUGGAGGAGUUGGCUAUGCCAACGAUGCCACCGCCCUUGAAUCAUCAUCAUACGAACCCUGCUACGACUACUACAACAACUACAGCAACAGCAACAGCUACAGCUUCAGCAACAACAACAGCCAGAGCAAGAGCAAGAGCAACAACUACAAUGCCGAGAGCCACGUCACGAAAACCAAAGUUAAAAAGUUAAAUCUACGUAAGAAAUACAACUGGAUAUGAUAAUACACACACGUUAUCAAUGUAUUAUAAAAGACAACAUCUACUACUAAAUACCGAAAAAGAUGCAACAUUUUCCUAAGGUAUUACGCAUUCUAAAAAAAAAGGCCUCUCGUCGAUCUUAAAUCUAUUGUAAUAACAUUUCUGUAGAACCGUCGAAUAUUUUUUUCAAUCAUUUUUGAAAAUGCCGUCAAUACAACAUCGCUGCAUUUCGCAUUCAAUUUGAUGCAAUAACAACAACAACAAUUCACACACUCGCACACACACCCUACAAAAAUACACACACAGGGAAAAAAAUGCGCUGCAAAGUAUGCAGCGCUUUUUUUAACGUCAACAAACAAAGACAAAACAAACAUAAACAUAGUGCAAAUUAAAAACCUGAGCCAAUACCAGAUAGUAACACUCACACACACCCCAAACACACACACAUAAACACGAAAUCGUAUCUAUACAGAGUGUAAACUGUACUCUGACCGUUGGUUUGAUAGUUGAAAAUUUUUAAAAUAUAUUUCUACAAUACUUAUCUAUUACAAAUAGUUGAUCCAUCUAAUAAUCUACCGAAAGUUGACACACAUUCCAAAUACACACACCUACACUAACACACAUCGGUACAGUUUUCACCUGAAUUCAAAGUGUGUUUCUUAGCCGAUUGAAAAGUGCUUUUCAACUGGAACAAUUCAAGUUUCACUUGAAGACCAACUUUUCUGUUCGUCUUUUAAAGACAAUUUUGCGCAAUCUUUGAAAAAGUUAGCGUAAUUCUGUCGCCUAAAAAAAGAAAGAUAAAAGUAUUUAAUAAUUAAGUUCAGGUUGCUAUUUUCCUUUUUAAAAUUAAGCAAAUAUUGAUGUCGAACACAAAAAACAAAAAAAAAAACAAAAAAAUUAACCUUUUGCGAUUAGAAUUAUGAAACGAAAAGAAAAUUACGAAAUUUGUCUUAGUAACGGGCGUUAGGGUAGCUAAAAUUUAUUUAAUGUUAUGCAAACAUACAACCAAAGUUUACUGUUAAUCGAGCCUAAUUUUGUAUGCGAAUUAUUUUUUAAACCAAUAUAUAUCUUAAUUGAUUAAUUUUUGAAAAAUGCACCAAUUUGUGCACGCAAUUUGUUUAAUUUCUUAACAACCUACAAAACACACACACACAAACACAAUACACAUACACACACUAGUCUGUUAUUUAUGUACAUACUUAUACGUUUAGUUGAAUAAAGUUCGGCUUAAGUUUAUGUUUAGUUUAAUUUACUUGGCCUUAAGUUGCAACAUACAAAAUACAAUAUAUACACGAAAACACAACACAGUCUACCAUUUGAGUUUCUUUAUUUAUCAAUUUAUAGUUUACCGAUUCGCGAUGAUUGCAUCUACAACAAGUAAGACGCCAAGUAUGUACCUCAAGAUGCACUUUCAUUUCAUAUACCAAGCAUGGAAAGUGGGCGGGUUUAGAGGGAUAUGUUUGCCUGCUCUUGCCUCACUGAAGGGCAGGCAAACCAGUGACUGCAGUUCCUAACAUCUUCACCAAACUGCAGUACACUUACAUCAACAUGAGCAUCAGCAACAUGAGCAACGUGAGCAACAUCAACAACAACAACAUUAAUCAUUAAAGCAUGCAUACACAUCACAUCGCUAAAAAAAAAAAAAAAAAAAGAAA